AUGAAAAGUUUACCUGGUUCCGCGACUAAAAAGGUUAAUCGUUCGGAUCGCAAGGCGAAAAAGCGACUUACCACUUCCUUUAGUGCCGGCGAUGAGGAGGAAUUUAAAACUCCAGACGAGCUUCUUAACAGCUGCGCCAUUGAAUGUGCCGGAAAGGAAAUCGAAAUCCUGUCCCACCGCACGACGGCCAGAGCACUUAUCAGCAUCGUUUAUCCUUUCCCUGAAAUAAAGAUGCGGUUGCUGCAGAACAUCGUGAAACAGAAACAAGAGGGAGUUUUGACGCUGCUUAUGAAAAGCUCGGCCGUACAGGCGAUGAGGUUUCUUACAGAGACGUUCGCCACACUAGAAGAACCAAUGGCCGAGGCGUCCAAGGCGGUGCUGUUGCAGUUUUGCGAAUUGAUCCUAAACCACUUCGAUACUCUGUUUGCUGACAGGUGCGGCACCUUCUCGAUUUCCGACUUUGGUAAAGCGCUGUGCAAGGCAUCGCGUAAAAAGACCCCGAUGGGUCAUGGCAUCUUCAAAACGAAACAUCGUCAAGUGAUGAGCUUGCAGUCUGAUUUCAAAAUCUCGGAUCCAGAACGACUUUCCGCUUAUAAUGGUUUAGCCUGCAAGGUACUCGACUGGAAGGCAAUAAAAACAUGUUCGGAAGCUAUGAGCAGGGUUGGCCUCUUUUUGGACUUCAUCGCUCUAGAUGAGCUGCAGGGCGGAGUCCACUUAAAGAAUCUUGUCCACUCUAUAAUAUCCGAUAAUAAACAGACUGUUUUCUUGUUCAUGUGCAAUCAGGUGGGUUCGAAUAUCUUCCAGCAGAUCAUCUACCACUGUUCAAAGAAAGACAUGAAAAAGAUCUUCGACCAUUGCACGAAAGGUAACAUGGCGACGCUUGCUACCGAUCCUUAUGGCAACUACUGUGCCCAAACAUUCAUGGAAUGCAGUGAGGGCUGGUUGGAGGUACAUGAGUUAGCCGACGAUGUUUUUACCGUUUUCGACAAAGUGUGGUUUGAAGGUCGCUUCGGCGUGAUUGCCAGGUUGUCACAGAUCGUGAUUGGCGAUAAGGAUUUGGAACGAAAAUUUGUCAAGCAUAUGCUUUGUGUAUUGAACUGUAACGCUGAGAAAGAAGACCGAAAGUACUUCUUGCACUGUCUGUUGAAUAUGUCCCCACUUUCUCAGAAGGUGAAAACGAAUCCGGCGGCCAGCGUGCAAGCAUACGGCGUCGACAUUGCGCUCAAUAUGAUGAACUACAGUAUUCGUAAAACCUUGACAAACAGUCUGCUUUUGAUGAAGAACGAUUUAUUGGCUGCUAUUGCUGCUGAACUCUUCGGAUCCUACGUAAUCCAGAGCGUGUUUCAGUCUACCUCGCUGCCCGGCGAGUAUAAGUCGAAGGUGUUUCAGAAGCUGAACGUAAGAAUACCGUAUUAUGAAAUACUUUACAAAAUCGUUUUAUGCAAAUGAAU